AUGGCGGCGAAGCCGAUCCAGUACAAUGUCAAGGUGGACCUACACGAGGUGAAGGAGUUGUCGUUCCGCGAAAAUGUCGGCGACAAAGAAAUCGUGCCGAAUCCGUACAUUGAAGUCACGGUGAACGGCGUGACCAAGACGACGAACCAGAAGACGCAAGUCGUCUCAGCGACGUUCAACACUUCGUUCAACUUCACAACGUAUCUGACCGCCGAGGAGUUCGCGCGGAGCUACGUAGAAGUCGCCGUCUUGCACAAGUACAUGCUGAUCGGGGGCCUCGGCCUUCAAAGCGCAGACAUUGGAAAAUGCGUCUUCAGUUUCGCCUACAUCUACGCGAAAAGCCAGCACUGGAUCUACCGACAAUGGGUGACUCUCAGAAACCUCGAGCAGCCGCAGGAAACUGCGGGCCUCCUUCUCAUCACCGUCGGCGUCUUCGGCCCUGGUGAUGCGAUGCCGGUCGUCGACGAAACAGUUGUGGUGCUGAACGAAGGGGGGGAUCGCACGAGUCAGGAUGUGAAGGUCAAGCUGACACACUACAACCUGUCGGUCAACAUUUAUAAAGGGCAGGACAUCCCUGCGGUUCCUGGCCAGUUCUCGACCGUUCUCGAGCCCUACGUCAAGGUGAAGCACGGAGGUGCGGAGCUUCAGACGCGGCCUCUUCCAGACUCGAACCCCGAGUGGCUCGCCUCGAUUUCCGUUCCCGCAUGUGUCCCGUGCUUCGACGGAAACGUCCUUGUGGAGCUGUGGAACGGCCAGCCGUCUGCGACGACUGGGGGCACGCUCAUGGGGACCGUCGUUCUCGACUAUUUCCAACUGACCAAAAAUGACCUUCCGCCGAGGUGGUUCAACUUCUACUGGAGACCCCCGACAGAAGGUCUUUUGGGCGCUGUGACGGACAUGAUGACCUCUGCGGAUUUGCGACAGCCGAUCGAGUACGGAGGCAGAAUCUUGUUGAGUGCCUCAGCCGCGAAAGUCCAGACGCCUCUCCCCAUGGGUGUUCGCCCUGCGCGCGCGACGCCGGAGCCGCCGACUCAGGAGUGCGUCUGGUGGAUUGAUUUGUACGAGAUGACAAGCGCAACGGGCUACACGUCUCAGCUGCGGGUCGAGAUCGCUUUCGGUCCGCACACCGUUCGGACGGCGCCUCUAGAUGCGAAUGCGAUGGGAACGUAUGUGAUUGACAACGAGACAGGGAGGAUGCCUGAACAGAAGAUCUUUAGUCCAGUGGACGAGCUGCAGGUCUGGGAUGUGACGAUGUACGUGUGUUCGCCGCCGGCGACGACUGUCGCGGCCGGCAUCGCCGACGUCUCCAGUUGGUUCACCGGCUGGGGGGGCACUCCAGCCCCGGCGGCGGGCGCAUCCUCCACCGCUCCGGCGGAGUGGACGCGCCUCGCGUGGGUUCGAAUCCCGUACGACACGAAGCAGUUCCAGAACGGCAAGCCGCAGUGGCACACGCUGCGCUCGCUGGACGGCACCAGCACGGAGAUGUUCUCGAUCCUCAUGGGCAUGGAAAUGUUCCCGACGAAGGCGGGAAAAACGCGCUCAGAGCGACUUGAGUACAGGCUCGCCAGGUAUUACUUCCGCGCUCUCAUCUAUGAAGGUCUACAUCUGCCUGCGGUCGGCUACGACGUCUUCCCAGACCCGUAUAUCCGAGUGGAACUCGGAAGUAAGAUGCUGCGCACGACAACGAUUCGCCAGACGCUGAACCCGUCUUACUACGAGGCAUACGAGAUCGAGACGCGCCUCCCAGAAAACAUCACCCUCGCUCCCGAUAUCAACGUCGAUGUCGUCUCCGAGUCGAACUCCAUUCUGUCGUCCGAUGUCGUCCUCGGAUCCGUUCAGUAUCCGAUUCAGAAAGUCCCGAAAGAGUGGAAGAAGGCGCCCGUGUGGCUGCCGCUGCAGUCGAAGGCCUACCCUCGGUGCAAAGCCAAGGUGCUGGUUGCGUUUGAGCUGGUGCCUGCUGAGAAGGCAGAAGACGACACGUAUCCAUUUUUUGACGACAUUCGACCUUCCACCAAGGAAGGAAAUAUUCGCCUCUUCCUUGUCGGCGUUCGUCUCUACAAACCGCUGACGCAGCCUUUCGUUACCGUUUGCUUCGGCCGCGACGUCGAGGACACUUCGCUGCCUUUGUGGUCGCAGCAGUCGUCGGCGCCGCGGACGGGCGAGGGCGGCAACUGGAAUUUCUUGGAGGAGUUCAGGGUCUCAGUGUCGCUGCCGAAGCGCAUGCAACACCAUUCGUUUCUCGAGGUUAAGGUUCAGGACAAAGUCCAGGGCAUCGGGGGCGAAUCCAUGACCGACGUCGGCAUGGCCUACAUCACGCUGAACCCGCUCCUGCCUUGGCUCGACAGCCGAGAGCAAACAGAGUGCCUGGAGACUUUCAAACUUCAGAUGCUCGAGGAGGUGCUGAUCGAAGACGCUGAGAACGCGCGACGCUCCACGGAAGGCGGGGGCGCCCGGAACGCGGUCGACGCCGUUGACGAGGAUGGGGUACAGAAGAGGGAGAUUGCCGCUGCGGAGCGGACGCGGAAGAUGGCGAUCCCGUACAACGACCCCGACGUGGCGAACCUGAAGAUUGAGGAGCCCGACGAUUAUGUCUCCUUCCAGGAGACGAGGCCGCCGGCUGGGACGCGGCCGUCGCGCGAGCCGUCUUCGCGGCACGACGGCGGAAAAGCGCCGAGGGACGGAGGGACGGGCGCGCCUCUGCGCGGCGCCUCUGGAGUCGAGGGAGGCGAGGCGCCUGGAGAGGCGGGAGCGAACGAGAAGGACGACAUGCAAAUAGGGCGCCAGAACACCUCACCAGGCGAAGGGGGGGCCGUAGGAGGUCGCCGCGACGCGAUCGUUACAGGCUCGGUGCAAGGCGCCUACGGCUUCACUGCUGAGCAACUCAAUUUCAUGCUGACAGUGAUGGAUGAGGAUGACACAGAAGAGAUGAUGCGCGACGAAGUGCCCUACGAGCUGGAGGCCGAUUUCACCGUCGACGACCUUCCGUACCUUCGAACGCCUAUCUUCAGACCCACCGACGCAGGAGUCCCGGAGACAGUCGGCUACUUAAAGUAUGUAUGUCGCGUCUACCAGUCCACAGACGACGGGCAAGGGGCGGAGAUGGAUCAGAUCUGCAAGAGCCUCAUCGAGACUUACAACUCGACGAGAGACCUUGUGGUGCGCGCGUACGUGCUGGCGGCGCGUGGCCUAGUGCCGCCCUCGGGUGCCUCAGAUAUUCAAACUUACGUCUGGAUCUACGACAGCGAGAACGCCGUGACGCUGCCGGGGGGGCUGUCGUACAACAUUCGAGACACCGGCUACGUCAAGAAGCAGGGUUUCAAACCCGAAUUCAACCGAUGCUACAGUCUCGCCUGCUCGUUGCCAGAGAACUCAGUUGUCCAGAUUGCGCUGAUGAAUAUGGGCCACCUUUCCGACGAGUGCAUUGGACGGACAUAUUUGGACGUAGAAGACCGUUUCUUCAACCGGAAGGUGGAGCAGAUGGUUCUUGAAGAGUCUACGCCGAUUGAGCUGCGGACACUGAAGAACGAAGGCAGCACAGUGUCUCACGGAACGCUUCGAGGAUUUUUCGAAAUUAUGCGCUCGGAGUACGCGCAGCUUCAUCCGCCGUACACUCUCGCCAGCGCUGAGCCGGAUGAGUAUCAACUUCGAGUUGUCAUCUGGCGCGUAAAGGCGGUGCCUCUGGACGACAACUCCUCGAUUUCGUUGUUUGUUCGCACAAUCUAUCAACUCGAGGAGUCGUCCGAAGUCGUCAAAGACACCGAUACUCACUACAACAGCAGAGAUGGGACUGCCGUUUACAACUGGAGGAUGGUUUUCGACGUCUUGAUUCCUGCCCAGAUCCCCGUGUUGAAGCUGCAGAUCUGGAACUACGCUCUUCUAUCCUCCACAGAGCCCAUCGGAGAGUCCAACCUAGACCUGACUGCUGACUUCUUCAGGGCCAGGAAGAGGCAGCAAAACUAUAGAGUUCCCAAAAUGUGGGUGCGCUGCUCCCAUCCGGCGCACAAGGGGAAGUUGCGAGGAUCGAUCGAGAUGGAAGCGUCCAUUUUGCCGCGAGAGGAAGCCGAAUAUACUCCUGUGGGCAAUGGACGAGAAGAGCCAAACCGAGACCCCUUCUUGCCUGCCGUUACGACGAAUCGAACCUACGUCGACUGGCAGCAGAUCGGCGAAACUGUCGGCGCGGCCAGCAACGCGAUCAUGAGUGGCCUCAAGUGGACCGGUGUGUGGAUGGCCGUCGCGGGAGUCAUUGCGCUUGUCGUUUUCGUCAUGUUUCUGCUCAAGUAA